AUGAAGAACAAGCCAGCACCCAAAUCCGCGGUGUCUUUCGAUGCCAUCAUUCAAUCUGAUCGCCAGAAAAAGCAGAAUGAACAGUUGGCAAACCAGCUUCUUGGAAAGAACAGAAAGGAGAAAGGCCGCAGGGCAAGCGCACCAGGCGCAAUAACCAAGGCCUCAGCUGCGAAACCAGGAAGCUUGGCCAGUCGCAUCGGCCCCCUCAAGCGCACAACUUCCCAAACCUUCACUCCACGCAACCAGACCAAAAAGCCCAACCCGGCACCAGCUACAACCGGUCCCACAGACUCACGCACGAAGCCUACAAACAAGCGGCGCCAGAACGCAGAACGCCUCUUGAGUGUUUUGGAGAGCGGUCAUGGUCAAGCCCAUGUGCGCAAACCCGGCGGCGGUCUGUCCAUCAAGGGUGCGUCGGGCCCCUUCGUAGUGAUUGGAAGCAAUUUUGCCCCUGGGACUACUGCUGCCGAUAUUCAGUCUGCACUAGAGCCUGUCUCGGGGCCAAUGAUGAGCUGUCGGGUCAUUUCCCACCACCCCACAGUCACCGCAGAAUUUGAGUAUGAGGACAAGCUGUCUGCUGAGGGGGCCGUGGCAAACUUCGACCGCCAACGGGCCGAUGGAAGAAUUUUAUCUAUGAAAUUACAACCACCUGGAACCAGCACGUCUACCUUGGCCCAGAAUUCCUUUAACAAGCUUCGAGAACAGGCAGACCGCCAGCGACGGAGUCGUCGGGCAGAUCCCUCGCUCCAGGAUGGUAGCUACGGUUUUGGUGAUCAGGGGACCCCCAUGGGGUCGCAGUCAGGACUCUACAGUGACCAGAUGAUGGUGGAUACUCCCCAACAGAAACAGAACCGCAAUAGACAACGGCGAUAA